AUGGAGCCGAACCGCAAGCAGGGUGACGCCGCCUCGUCCAAGCCCACCGCCGCCGACCUCGAAGGCGGCCUCCACGCGAUGCGGCUCAGCGAUCCCUCCUCGCCGCGACUGCAGCCGCGCCAUCCUGCGGCGGCCUCGUCGCUGCUGCUCGACCCGCAGCAGGUGCUCGCGCCGACCGCGGCGCCCGUCGAGCGGCCGCCGCCGCACGUGCCCCAGUCCUCGCCGAGAGAGAUCGCGCCGACGCCCGGCAUGCGGCUGCUGCCGGACCAGCACCAGCCACAACCGGAGGCGCGGAGCUCCUACGGCGGCGCCGAGCUCUCCCCAGCCGACCGCAUCCGAAGCAACUCGAGCGACUGGCUGAUCUCGAAGGCCCCGGCCGCGCCCACCCCAUCGGUGGCGCCGAAGCGGAGCAAGCUGAGCGCCAGCGCCAAAGAGUUCCACCCCACCUCCAUGCCCCACCUCUCGGUAGCGCAGUGGCCGUCGACGCCGAUCCCCAGCACCAGCCAGAAUGAAAACGGCAGCCUCACCGCGUACCACCCAUCCGCCCUUCUCGGAGCGCUGCGCGCUGACGCGGCUCUCCUCCGAUGGACGCGGGAGCAUGUCCGGGAUCGCCUGCUUCGCCCAGGCACGUUGGAUGCGGAUGCGGCUCUUCUGAUGUCCCCGGAGCUCUCGCCGCACGUGGUCCGCCUGCUUGAGGAGCGCGACGAGACGAUGCGGCGGUGCGUGCUCGCCAAGGUCAAGCCCUUCGUGCACACGGUCAUGGGGAGCCGCGAGGGGCACGCUGUGUUCCUCGAGUUGCUGCGCGCCUGCGAGGGGCGCUUCGACGAGCUCGAGGGCAUCGUCCAGGCCGCGUGCAACCGCAAGGGCUUUCUGAUGCGCGUCGUCCAGCAGAACCCCGGGGUGAUAGCUCUGAAGGAGCUCAUCAGGGUGGUGGCGCCGGUUCCUGAACUGCGCGAGACCCUCCUCGCCGGGCUCUUGAAUGAAUGCCUGAUGGGACAGAGCAAUGGUGAUGUGCUGCUUCACCACUGCUUCAUGUUUCUGCCUCAAGAGGAUUGCAAGAUUAUCAUCCGGCUCGCCGUCGCUUCCAUUGACGAGAUGCUGUCGUCUCCGAUCGGGUGCAACUGCCUGAGUGUGUGCUUGUCGAACGCAAGAGACGGCGAGCUCCAGGCUCUGGAGGAGAACAUCUCGAGGCGCGCCAUCGCAAUCGCCACGGAUCAAUGCGGCAUCAACUUCCUGCAGUACGCCCUGAGGUUCGGCAGCGAGGAGCUCAAGGUGCGCAUCGUGGAGCGCGUGGCGGAGAACAUCGUGGACCUGUCCAGGCACGGGGUGGGCAACUACGCGGUGCAGGCGUGCUUCCUCCUGACGGAGUCCGACGAGGCGAUGCGGCUCGUGCUCUCCGCGUUCCUGCUCCUGCGCCCCGGCGAGCUGGAGGCGCUGGUGCGAGACCCGCACGCCCCCUUCGUCCUCGCGAAGCUGCUCGACAAGGGCAAGCGCUACUCCCCGUUGCUCGCGGGGGAUCUGGCGAAGCGGAUCGAUGCGCUGCCGGCGGCGGUGCGGCAGGAGGAGCAUGCGACGAGGGUGUUGAUGUGGGUCAUCGACAGGCUGUUCCACAACUAG